AUAGAUGCUUUAGAAAUGUAGGUUUAUUCUAAGAUAGUGAAAUUUAUAUAUAGGAAAAAGGAUGGGGGACUGGAAAUUCUGAAAAGUAUUCAGAUUUUGAAGUAUAGGAUCAAAAUUUUAGCAAUUUUGGAACAAAGAUAUGGUGAACUGAAAAGAGAAAUAAUGUCAUCCAAAUGGAAUAUUCAUAAUGGAUUAUAAAUCGUAUUGUAUAAAUAAUAAUUUCAUAAGGUUAAUGGUUAAGGUGUUCUUAUUUAAUUCGGUUAUAGCAAGAUAUGAAGGGAGUUGGAAUAACAAUUUGGAUUAUAAAUAAUGCGUAGAAAUAUUGCUUGAUAGGGAAGCAUUUGAAGGAGAAUUUAAGUUUGAGAAAGGCUCAUUUGGUAAUUACUUUUUGGCUUGAAAUUGGAUAUUGGAGGGAAUUUAGUCAAGCAGAGAACUCUUUUGUUGCUGGACCUGAAUCAAAACUUAGGAGAAGGAAAAAGUGA